AUGAGAGUGCGUUAUGUGGAUAUGAAGCAUGAGUUUGCGUUUGUUGAGUUCAGUGAUCCCCGGGAUGCUGAUGAUGCAAGGUAUCACCUUGAUGAUAGGGAGUUCAAUGGUAGCCGAUUGAUUGUUGAGUUUGCAAAAGGGGUUCCACGUGGCCCAGGAGGAUCCCGUGAAUAUAUGGGCAGUAGACCGCCUCCUGGUUCUGGCCGCUGCUUUAACUGUGGUAUGGAUGGGCACUGGGCUCGUGACUGCAAAGCUGGUGACUGGAAAAACAGAUGCUACCGCUGUGGAGAUAGGGGCCAUAUAGAAAGAGACUGUCAAAACAGCCCUAAGAAUCUGAGGCGUGGAAGAAGUUACUCAAGAUCCCCAUCCCCUUGUCGCGAAAGGAGCCUUGAUAGGAGUUACAGCAGGAGCCGCAGUAGGAGCUAUAGUCGUUCACGAUCUCCAAGGCGGAACAGACGUGAUGAAAGGAGCCCUCGCGACAGCCGCAGCCCUAGGAGGAGCCCUUCCAAGGGAAGAGACCGCAGCCCCAGCCCUAAUGGUAGCAGGAGCCCUGCACCAAGGGAACGCAAUGGCUCGGAUUAUAGCAUGAGCCCAAGGAGACCUGACAGCCGUAGUCCCUCAGACCGCGUGCGCCGUGAGAUCAGUCCAGCAGCCAAUGGUCGUAGCCCUAGCCCAGGGGUCAAUGAUAACGGCAAUCACCGCACAUCCCCCUGA